CCUGAAUCCGUGGGCUAGGAGGUCGCGUGAGGGGCAUCAAGGUUGGAGAGGAUAUCAAGAGCCCGUAGGCCAAUUUUAAUCGUUAAGUUCAUGCUUUAGAGCUGCGAACAUUUGCUUCAACAUCGCAUCAGCGGAUCUUUACCACUGCUGGAGCUCAAUCAUAUUUCAAUUUGCAGCGACCCUUCAGAUAAACACCACAAGACACCAUGACUCAACCAGGAUGGCGCGCGCUCAAUGUGGGCAUCAUUGGCGGAGGGAUUGGAGGUCAGGCAUCUGCCAUUGCCCUUCGACGGCAAGGGCACAUUGUGACAAUCUACGAACGCGCAGAUUUCGCGGGAGAAGUUGGAGCCUCCAUAUCCUGCGCUGCAAACGGCACAAGGUGGCUCGAGGAAUGGGGAGUGAACAUUGAACUUGGUGACCCGGUAAUCCUAAGGCAGCUCAUUAGCCGCGACUGGAAGACUGGCGAACCGGCGAGUGUCUACGACCUUCAUGACUACAAGGAAAAAUGGGGCUAUAACUACUACAUGUUCCACCGGCAGUACAUGCACGCCAUGCUUAUGGAUAGUGCGGUUGGCCAGCGUGGAGAAGGCGUGCCCGCAAAACUCAAAGUUAAUCACAAGGCCAAAGACGUGAACCUCGAAACUGGCGAGGUCACAUUCGAGAACGGUGUCACGGCCAAACACGACGUCAUUAUCGGCGCUGAUGGCAUUGGUUCGACUGUUCGGAAUGUACUUGGCAUCAAAGUCGACAAGGUCCCAGCAUCCUGGAGCUGCUUGCACACCAACGUAGACACUGAUGAAGCUGUCAAGCUCGGGCUGGUCGACUACUCAAAGAACGCUGCAAUCGAAUACUGGGGUGGGUAUCACUCGCACUACAAGAUUGUCCUUUCGCCUUGUAAUGGUGGAAAACUUCUCUCUUACUACUGCUUCUUCCCGCGUGAAGCGGGUGACUUCCAGAAUCAAUCUUGGGAUGAGGCUGCCACGCUCCCAGAGUUGCUCGCGCCAUAUCCAGACUUGGACCGCCAGGUCUUCAAGCACUUGGAAAUUGGCUAUGAGAUCCGACCAUGGAGGCUUUGGAAGCACCAGCCGUACCCGUACUGGCAGAAAGGAGUAGCCUGCAUCAUUGGAGAUGCCGCACACCCGAUGAUGCCUGAUCAGAGUCAGGGAGCCUGCCAGUCCAUCGAGGACGCCGGAGCUCUUGGUACAAUUUUCAGCAAGAAGAACUUCAACGGCAACAUUCGCGAGGCUCUUGAAGUUUUCGAAGAGGUCAGAAAACCGAGAGGAACAAAGGUGCAGGCGGCCUCGGCGCGAGCGAGUGAGAACAUACACGAGCGCAUUGGCUUCUCUAGCAACAAGCAAGAUCCUCACUACACCGUCCAGGAUGAGAAAAACAAACUCACAAUUGAGGAGAUGAACACGUACGAUAUGCACAAAGACGUGGCGGAGAAACUGGCUGCUCGAAGGGGUACGAACGGAAUCAAGGCUUAGGGAGUUUUGGGGCGAUUCGCAGUGUACUAUCUUGGUCAUGUUCAGUACUUUUGUAGAUUCCGAAAACCUCGAUGGCAACCAUGGACAAGAUUAGAUCCAAUGUCUCAACAUGAACCGGAAGAGUCGAU